CAGUUAGGAGGAGAUUUGGGGUGAGAGUUUAUUUGUACCCUGUGUACCCCUGGAACUAUAGCAGGGUGAUUGUCACCCCAAUGUUUAAUGUGCCAAAGUUUUGUCUCUAGUGAGAGUAAUGGGUAGAGACUCUCACGCCCCGGGGCAGUUGAGUUGCAGAUCAAACAGAAGGUAUCACAGCUGACCGGGCUCAGGAAACAUUUCCCUUUGUGUUUGUUAAAUUGGGCAAGUCGAGGCACGCCGAUCCCUGGCCGAACUCGCCUGAAGCCAAUGGGUGCCCAAGGGUUAUGUGUGUAUUGGUGGUGAAGGAAUGUUGUGAGUGUUAUUACCUAGCACUGGAGAUUGGAGCGGCACCAGUGGGCGUGGCUGAUGGACAUAUGAAGCAGGUGAAGGAACAUAACUCAAGGUUUCUUGCUUGGGCAGAAGGACAGAAGCAGAUUUCUUGAAAAGUCUUUCAGAGGAACAUAUUAAACAGCCAAGAAAAAAAGAGUGGUGCUUUGCACCAAAUUGUUACCCUCAGCCCCAAGUGUGAGCAUAUUCCGACGGCAGACUCUAGGAAUCUACAGGAAGAUGGAGAACGGCACGGAAGGCACCACUUAUACAUCAGAUAAGUAUCCAGAGAAGAUCCUUGAUAGGAUAGGACAACUACGUGCUGAGCAGGAGCUCUGUGACGUCACUUUGGAGGCUGAGGGUAUCUCCUACCAGGCCCACAAGAUUAUCCUUGCCUCUGCUAGCACUUACUGUAAAUUGCUCUUCGCUGACCCCAAAACCAGAGACACCAUCCAACUCAAAGGCGUGAAAGCUAAUGGGCUCAAGAAUGUUCUCAAUUUCAUCUACACCAACAAGCUCAGGUUGUCCUUGGCCAACAUCGAGGACACCUUGAAAGCAGCGGAGGUGCUGUUGGUCCGUGAGGCUAUCAAGCUGUGCUUUUGUUUUUUAGAAGACCACCUGACGGACAACAACUCUUUAGAAAUCUUAAAUUUGGUCACGAAGCACGGCCCGGAAGACUUGAAGCAGAAGGUUAUUGGAUGCGUUGGUGAACAUUACCGACAAAUACUGGGGCAAUCUGAAAAUCUUGGCAAGGUAGACAAGACCACCCUCUGUGAGAUGCUGGAAAGGGAGGAUAUGGUGGAAUAUAGUGAGUUGGACUUGUUUAAUUUUGCCGUGGCUUGGCUGAGGUAUGAUAGUUCAAGGGUUGUUGAGGCAGGGGAUGUCCUAAGGCACAUACGGUUCCCUCUUGUUCCCCUAGAAGACCUCCAGAAGCUGCUUAAAGAGACAUCCAUCAUGAAAACAGACUCAAGCUGUUUCAGAUACCUACAAGAUGCCCUUAGCUAUCAUGCCCAGCUCUACUCCCAGCCCGUGCUUAACUGGGAGGGAACCCAUGUCCGCUCAACCACAGAGAGGUUGCUGGUUAUUGGUGGAAGGACAUCCAAUAAUAUAGUCUGUGGAAGUAUCUAUGUUGGAGACCAAGGUGGCAGCUCAUGGUCUGAACUCACUGAACUGUGUGUGCCCGUCUACAAUCACUGCGCUGCGGUCAUCAAUGACUUUCUGUUCAUUCUUGGAGGGCAAAACCAAUUUGACCCAACAGGGAAACAUCCAUCAAACGAGGUGUUUCGGUUUGACCCCAGACAAGGAUCGUGGCUGCAGGUGGCCGGGAUGCAGGAUAGGAGGACGCGCUUUCACGUAGAGGUGAUCUCGGAGCGGAUCAUUGCAGUUGGUGGGGGAACACUAUUGGGGCAUCUCACUAACACGGUGGAAGAAUAUCGCCCAUCAGAAAACAGCUGGGAAUUCACCGCCCCCUUCCCAAUACCUGUGGCGGAUCACGGUGGCACCACUCACAAAGGGAUCCUGUACAUCUCAGGGGGUUAUUCCACGGGGAGGAGCCUUAAUGACGUGUAUAGUUACCUGCCGCGGCUGAAGCGAUGGGUGGUGAACCGAUCUAUGACAUUUGCUCGAUGCGACCACGGAAUGGCCAACAGAGGCGAAAAAAUCUUCUGCGUUGGCGGGCGCACAUUGAAUGCGGCAAAGGAAUGGAUCCACGUCAAUGAGACGGAAGUGUAUUGCCCGGCCGCCGACCAGUGGAGCACACUCCAGCUUUCCCCCUUCGACUGCUGCCAGUUCAGCCUCACCGCCCACCACUCCAAACUCUACAUCACCGGGGGCGGCUCCUUACGGCGAAUGAACAAAGAAGAUGGCGUGUUUAUCUAUGACCCAGAGGCCAAGACAUGGAAGAAGGCGGGAUCCUUGCCUCGUCCCUUAGUAGACCACGCCUCCUGCGUUAUUAAACUGCCACAUCACCUGACACAGAACCUUCCGCAGAAGGAGGAGGAAAACUCCAACGUUUCGGCCAAAAAGAAGUCAACCCUAAAUCUGUUCAUUACUGGGAAAAAGGAAACAGACUCUUGUGAGUCACAACCGACAGUGUGAGAGUGGGACAUCCCUAUUGAUUGUCACCUUUCUUAUACAUUAGGGGCAACUCCUGCAUUCAAGAUUCUAUAUGUUCUAUAUAUAUUCUGUAUGAUUCUUAUAUUUCUCCCAUAUGUAUAAAUACAAAUAUACAGAGAAGGA